CGCGGCCCCGGGCGCGGCUUCGGCGGGCGCCAUGGCCGGGCGCCUGCUGCUCCUGCUGCUCUGCGCCGCGCUGCCCGCCGAGCUCCGCGCUCAGGGAGGCGUAUUCCUCAAGAAAGAAAAUGCUGACAAGUUCUUGGAAAGAACAAAACGUGCUAACACUUUCUUAGAGGAAUGGAAGAAAGGGAAUAUUGAAAGAGAAUGCAAUGAAGAGCGCUGCUCAAAAGAAGAAGCAAGAGAAGCUUUUGAAGACCAGGAGAAAACUGAGGAAUUCUGGAACAUCUAUGUAGGUAAGAAACACUCUAAAAAUGAAGACAGUUGCCAUGAAGAAGACACAGACUUUUCACAAUUUUCUAAGCAUGGGAUGAACUCUGCAACCUACGGACUAAAAUUUCAAGCAAAGCCUGUGUCAGUAUUACAUGCAGAGGAGGACUUUGCAAUUACCACAGAGAGCCCAACGCCUCCUCCUGACAACAGAACAAGCGGCAAGACUCCGUAUGUGGAUACCAGGAUAGUUGGUGGGGAUGAGUGUCUUCCUGGCCAAUGCCCAUGGCAGGCUGUUCUGUUAAACGAGGAAGGAGAAGAGUUUUGUGGUGGAACUAUUCUGAAUGAAAAUUUUAUUCUUACUGCAGCUCAUUGCAUAAACCAAACCAAAGAAAUCAAAGUUGUUGUUGGUGAAGUGGACAGAGAGAAGAAAGAGCAGUCUGAAUCAAUGCACACUGUGGACAAAAUAAUAGUUCACUCCAAAUUUAAUGCUGAGACUUACGAUAAUGACAUUGCCUUAUUAAAGCUGAAGGAACCUGUCAGGUUUUCAGAGUACGUCAUUCCAGCGUGUCUCCCCAAAGCAGACUUUGCUAAUGAAGUUCUGAUGAAACAGAAAUCUGGGAGGGUUAGUGGCUUUGGGAGGGAAUUUGAAGGCGGGCGAACGUCAAAAAAACUGAAGGUGCUCGAAGUCCCCUAUGUUAAUAGGAACACUUGCAAGCAAUCCACUAACUUAGCCAUAACUGAGAACAUGUUCUGUGCUGGUUAUGACACAGAGCAAAAAGAUGCUUGCCAAGGAGACAGUGGUGGCCCCCAUGUGACCAGGUAUAAGGAUACUUAUUUUGUUACUGGAAUUGUUAGCUGGGGCGAAGGAUGUGCAAGAAAAGGCAAAUAUGGUGUCUAUACCAAACUGUCCCGGUUCUUGCGCUGGGUAAGGACAGUCAUGAGUUUGUAGUGAUGGUGUGCCCCUUGAUCUUUCUUGUUAGCUGCCAAGGUGCAGGAUUAGAAAUGGAAGCUUUCUUUUCCAGCACAUCUGCUCAGUUUGUUUUGAGAUCUGGUUCCUUAAAGUUAUGUUCUGCUUCCAUUUGUAUUAUCCCUGGCUUUAAAGCACACAUCUGGAAUUGGUUGAAUGAGGUAAUUUCCCCAAGCAAAAAGGCUGUUGAAUGGGGUCUUUGGCUUCUUGGAAUUAUUUAUCAAUGUCCAUUUUGGUUCCUAUCUGUUGCAUGAGUUCUCCUACCAGAGGCUCCUAAACAUGUUCUGAAGAGUAACUAGUCAUGAUGAAAGCAGGGAGGAUGGGAGUUAGUUAAUCCUCAUAUUGCAGCCAUCUGGCUCAGUGGGAGUUUGUCCAUACUGGAGUUGUUUAGCUUUUACCUUAAGAUUUGUUCAGAAGAUUAAGAAAGCAGGGGAUCUUGAAUGGCAAAAGCUGAGACUCAAUUAAUUAAUCAAUAGCUGAUACUAAAAAAUCACAUAUUCCACAAAAUGGCCUGCUCAGAUCACAGUAGCUCAUUAAAGGGGGGUUUUGCUUUAUAAGGAUUGUACUUCACUCUGCUUUAAUUUGUACACACUGCUCGUCAGAAAAAAUAUAUAGGCAGAUUUACUAUUUUCUGUAUCUUGUUCUCCAUUGUGUAUGGCUGAGGAUUGGAAAACUUGCAUAUGUAUUGCUCUUGGUGUUCCUGUUAGGUGCAAUAUUGAUGUAUACCAGCAUUGGAAAUAAACUGUUCUUUCUUUUUUGUUC